CUCUUUCAAAGUCACCAUGCUAAGGAACCCUUAUAUAUAUGCUUACUCCCACAUCAAUAAUUUUACUUUGAUUAUAUGAUAUAUAAUCAUACUAAUUAAUGCAAUGGCAACAGCAACAUUUUCUUCACUUCUACAACCGGAGCAACAACAAUUGAGUUCUGCAGGAGAAGAAGCUAAUAUUUCACCCCCAAGUAGCUCUAGUGCAUGGCAAUCAUCAGGAUCUAUUGGUCCAUUUUUUGCUGUGAUCAUUGUUCUUACCAUUCUUGCUAUGCUCUCUUGUUAUUUGAGUCAAACGUGUAAUCGAAGAGAACUUACUCCAUUGGAGAGUAUUAAAGGUAGAGGUUGUUUUGGAUGGCUGAAGCGUCGGUGCCAAGAUUAUAUGGGUAGAGAUGUUGAAAUUGGAGGCGUUGGGGCUAAGGUUAUGGUUUGUGAUGAUCAAGAAGAAGAAAAUGAUUGUAAGGUUAAAGAUGGUGAUGUUCAAGUUUAAUUCAUGUUGUGGAAUACUGGAAUGGACUCUAUAUGUUUAGCUAGCUAGUUCACAUUCGAGGCAGACAAUUUGGUUUUAGCUGUGUUGUUUUUUAUAUAAAUUAAUAAUAUUGUAAAUUUUGAAAAAUAUUAUCGAAGUCAAAUAUUUCUAUA